CAAAGGCGCUCGGCGCCACUGCGCUCCGUCUGCAGGAGACACAAAGGGACACAGUGUAUUAUAACAACUACUGGCUUCCUUCACUGCGGUCUUUACCCUGACAAAGUAUUGUUCCCUCCUCCUACAGGCACAGUUGGUUCGGUCCGGCAAGACGUAGGAGGAGUACCAAGAUGGCGGCGGUGUUGGCACUACAUCUGGGAUUCCUGGGCUGGAAUGUGUUCGGGGUUUACCAGAACCUGGAGGUGACAGGAGUGGCCCAGAGCCACGGGGCUCACACUUAUGGGGGCAGAUGGAAGUACUUGACGUUCAUUAACCAGGUUCUUCAGACCGUGUUCUUUGCAAUAUGUGUCCUAGCGGAUCUGGCGCAGUUACUGCUGCGGAAGAAAAAGAAGCUUUCCUCCUUCCUCCUGCAGCUCAGAGACGGCACCUUCGCCAUCCUGGCAUUUCCCAUAGGCGUGUUUGUAGUGACCUCGUUCUGGAGUAUCUAUGCCUAUGAUCGGGAGCUUGUCUACCCAAAGGUUCUGGACUCUAUUAUUCCACAAUGGUUAAACCACUGCAUGCAUACGGUUGUCCUCCCACUUCUCCUCAUCGAGCUCUUUGCCUGCUCACAUCGAUAUCCCAGCAGGAAAAGGGGCAUAUCCAUAAUGGCCAUCUUCUCUUUGUUCUACAUGGCCUGGGUUUUGUGGAUACACCAUGCAUCGGGCAUCUGGGUUUACCCUCUUCUUGCCAAGCUUAAUGCUGUGGGUCUGGCUGUAUUUUUCACUGUGGCUAUGCUCGUUACAGUUCCGUUCUACUGCCUGGGGGAGCUCCUCACUUCGUUCCGCUGGGGUACCCCCCAAAAGCCUCCCAGGAAAAGGAAAACAAAAUAGAAUGAAUAAAUUGCGGACCUCGCUCAUUCCUCCUUUUUUGGAUCCAAACUAUAAUGGCGUACUUUUUUAAAUUGAUUUGUUUUUCACCCCAGAGAGCGAUUCAGGAAGACAAUUAGCAUUGAAGUUUAAUUCUCCCUUUGGAUAGAACAUGCACCGCAGCUACUGACACCAGGAAUAUUGUAAUUAUGAUAACGAGCCAGCCUCUUGCACUGUUAUUCACUCAUCAAGAGCUCUUUGUGGCCAUGGCUCCCUCAGCAGGACCCCCCUUGCUAGAUUGGAGAGGAUCAGUUCCGAAGGCAAAGAGUUCUCCUCCCUGCUUUCAUAUCUGUCUGUCUGAGUGGGAAGGUCUGUGGGAGUUCUGAUCAGGGAGCCACAGGGGGGAGAGCUGUACCGGGCCUUUUGGUUUUUAAGCUUUAAGGAGGGCCCGACUAGGGUUGCCACCUGUCUGGUAUUUUACCGGCAUAGCCGGUAAAACACCUGCCAAGGCUAGGGCAGGUAUUACAAAUUUACUGGCAAUGUUGUUGCCGGUAAUUUGUAAUGCCCUUAAAAAGCCCUUGGCCCGCCCCCAAUUCACUCAGAAUGUACCGUUUUUUUCAGGCUUCUGGCCAUCGUGCGUGUUGCUCCGCCCCCUUUUGCGCCACUGUGCGUGGCUCUGCCCCCUUUUUCGUCACUGACCACCCCCUUUUGUUCCCGCCCCCACCACCGGCCGGUAACAUUUUUUAGAAAAGGUGGCAACCGUAGCCCCAACAGUGCUGCAUUUCCCAAAUUAGCUGGGCCCCCCUUGAGCCACCGAAAGUCGCUUGGCCGCCAAUGUUUUUAAAAACUAUUAAUGGGGACCCUGGUCACCAAUUCAUUUUGUUGUUUUCUUUUACUAACAGGGUGGCCUGGCCACCAAUCUUUUUUUUUUAUCUUAUAGGGGGGGCCCUAAUUUUGUGUUAACUUAUAGGGGGGCCCUGGCCACCAAUGCUUUUUUUUUUUAACUAACUUUGACGGGGGGCCCUGGCCACCGAUGGCUUUUGAUAACUUGUGGAAGAGUGUUGUUACUGUUUCAGUGCUGAUGUCUGUGUGGCCUUUUUAUUGUGGGAUGGGGCUUGGAUGGAAAGGGACUAGGGGGCCCAGAAAUAUUUUUGUACGGGGCCCACUGAUUUCUGAUGGUGUCCCUGGUUCUGAUGAAGGGGUCAGGGACAGUUUUAUGUGUAAACAUUGUGUUUACUGCUUUUGUUUCCCCUUCAUGUGACUUGUAAACUUAAUUUUACAUAAUGAUGACUUAUUUAUUGUGAAGUCACUGAAUUACCAAUCCUAACAGAUUCUUAUGGGGUUAAAGCAUCUAGUCCAGCAGGAUCAUUGAUAAAAUAUUUUCAGAUACACCUCCCCCAGCCCCUCCAUUGUAAAUCCUACCUGCCUGGGGUACAUCCAGCUCCCCAUCCUUUGUUCGUGACAUCCAAUAAAUGUCUUAUAGUUCCCGGCUGCUAAACAACACUGAAACGACCCGCUGUAACUUCACAUUAUCUUUGCAUUGCUUUCCCUACCAGACCUCUGAGUGUUUUGGAGUGCGGGGGAAAAAACAAAGCGGGGGUAAGAGUAGCCCAAACAAGUGCAAUGGGAGCUACUGGAUCUAAUUUUGGCUAAUUAGAAUGUAUAAUUACAAAUGAUAUUGCAAAUAAUUUGGAUUAUAGAUGAUAGUUGCACUACCACUUCCCAUCAGUUUCAGGCACCAUUGCUUUUUGCUCCAUAAGAACGACGUCUUGCUACCGGCACAGGACUGCUGUGCAAAAUGCAAUCGCUUUUGAAUGGACCACCUUGUGGAUUGUUAAGCCCUUCGUUUUAGCUGCCUUCCAGUGAUUGGUUGUUGAUAUGAGACUCACAUUGUGCGUCUGGAUCACCAUCGUUCACAAGGACUACAGGACUGAGUUUAUCUAUGUGUCAUGGGAUGUUUCAGGUGCCGAUGUUUCUAAAGAUCAAAUUCAUUGCCAGAGUCUUUUCAGUUCCACUCAGUGCUGCUCUAUAGAAGGAUCUGUAUAAAUGAUACACAGUGCUACUCAUUCUGUGGUCCACACUGUAAAUUGUGCUUAUGUCGGGAGCACAGCGGAGAGACUGAGCCUCUACCUACCUCUGCUUAAUAAAGAACAAUCUGCUUUUA